GCUUACUAUCAAAAUGACAUUUCAAAAGGACUGGGAAGAAGUCAUCCAAAAACCAAAUGAAAAAUUUUGGAUACAAGAGAAAAGAGCUGAUGGUCCUACUAUAUUUGGUAGUUUGUGUAGUCCUCUCUCUGAUGUACAUGAAACAGCUCCUACUGAUGAACAACAGAAAUUCAUUAUUAAGAAUUGGAACAAAUAUUCAUUAUUAGUUCAGUGUUUAGUUACUGAUACAGUAACACAAUUCAUUGCACCAAACAAGACAAUAAAACUAACAGAAUACAACAAACCAUUAUUAAGUAUGGACGUGUCCCCCAGUGGUGAAUUAGGCGUAUGUUCAUCAGUGAAUGGAGAAAUAUGGAUAUGGGAAACAGACACUGGGACUAACAGACGUGUACUGGAAGGUCACGUGGGUGAUGUUGAUAGCUGUAGGUUCUUUCCAUCAGGUCUAGUGGUACUGAGUGGUGCUAGUGAUUACAGGGUUAAAAUAUGGUCCAUUAAGGAUGGGUCUUGUGCUAGGACACUCACUGGACACACUAGGGGUAUAGUAUAUUAUUAG